GUGUAUCUUCUCUCGUCCUACGUACCAUCACCAUGGCUUCCAGAUACCUAGAGACAAUCUUGCUUCUCUGCUGCAUUGUGACCAUGUUCAGUUCAACCUCAGCAGCUUAUGGUCCUCGGAAACGUUACUGUUGUGUGGAGUUCCAGGAGAAGCCUGUACCCUACAAGCAGAUAAUAGGCUACAAACAACAAAGUUACAAGGAGGUGUGCAACAAUGACGCUAUCAUCUUCUAUACCACGAAGAACAAGAAGGUAUGCACCAGCAUUAAGGACGAGUGGGUGAGGACGGCUCUGGUUCGUCUCAGCUCCAAACUGAAGAAGAUAUCCGCAGCAACACUGUGAUGGCCAAAACCCCCAACCAACUCUGAAAGGAAGAUUCACCCACAGCGACACAACUUUUUCCAAUCGCAACUCCAACAGCAACAUUACCUUCAACAUCACCAGUAACAACCCCAUUGAGUAAUGUGGCCAAAUGAUGCAGAUUUAAUGCAUUGCAUAUCUGAAUUUUGUACCUUUUCAUGCUCAAGCUUUCAGGUAUCUUCUGAACCCACAAUAUAAUCUAAUUAAGUCGACUGCUUCAAUUAGUUAUAUUUUUCUGCAUUACAUUUUUUUAUAU